AUAUCUUCUCUAGCUUGGCGCCCACCUACGGAAAAUCGGCACCGAGGCAGUUUCCGAUCUGUUUUGUCAUCUUCUCGGGUGCUGUAACUAAUUAAUUCUUGUUUAAGGUAGAAGAUCACCAUGGCUGCUUCGGAAGAGAAUAGUGCAUUGUUUCCAAUUUUCAUUUUGACGAUAAUGGCACUGCCUUUAGUUCCUUAUACAAUACUUAAGUUAUGCCGAGCAGCAUCAAAAAAAACAAAGAGCAUACAUUGUCAGUGCAUGGAAUGCUCCCAUUCGGGGAAGUACCGUAAGUCCAUAUUUAAAAGGAUCUCGAAUUUCUCAACAUAUAGUAACUUGACUCUAGUGCUGCUCUGGGUUGUCAUGAUAUUCCUGGUUUAUUAUAUUAAAAACAUGAGUCGUGAGAUUCAAGUAUUUGAGCCAUUCAGUAUACUUGGAUUGGAGCCUGGAUCUUCAGAUUCAGAAAUAAAGAAGGCCUAUAGGAGACUCUCUAUUCAAUACCAUCCAGAUAAAAAUCCAGACCCAGAGGCUCAUAACUACUUUGUGGAGUACAUAUCCAAGGCUUAUCAGGCUCUCACCGAUCCAAUAUCACGUGAAAAUUUUGAGAAAUAUGGUCACCCAGAUGGAAGACAGGGGUUUCAAAUGGGUAUUGCUCUUCCUCAGUUCCUGUUAGACAUUGAUGGGGCAUCUGGUGGCAUACUUCUACUCUGGAUUGUUGGUGUUUGUAUUCUGUUACCAUUGGUGAUAGCUGUCAUAUAUCUUUCGAGGUCAUCAAAGUAUACUGGAAAUUAUGUUAUGCAUCACACAUUGUCCACCUAUUAUUACUUCAUGAAACCCUCUCUAGCCCCAAGCAAAGUUAUGGAAGUCUUCACUAAGGCAGCUGAAUAUAUGGAAAUUCCAGUUCGCAGGACUGAUGAUGAACCUCUUCAGAAGCUAUUCAUGUCGGUCAGGAGUGAGUUGAAUCUGGACCUUAAAAACAUUAAGCAAGAGCAAGCUAAGUUUUGGAAGCAACACCCUGCUAUAGUGAAGACAGAGUUGUUGAUUCAGGCCCAAUUAACUCGUGAAUUGUCAACAUUGUCUCCUGCUUUGCUGGGUGAUUUCAAGCGUGUGCUAGAGCUUGCACCUCGCCUCCUUGAAGAAUUACUAAAGAUGGCAGUUAUACCACGUACUGCCCAAGGGCAUGGAUGGCUGAGGCCAGCAAUAGGGGUUGUUGAGCUUUCUCAAUGUAUCAUUCAGGCUGUUCCUCUCAGUGCAAGGAAGGCCACUGGUGGAUCCACUGAAGGAAAUGCACCCUUCUUGCAGCUGCCACAUUUUAGUGAGUCAGUCAUCAAAAAGAUAGCUCGCAAGAAGGUCAGAACAUUUCAAGAGUUUCAAGACAUGAACCCACAGGAUCGUAUCUGAAAUAUCAAAGAAACCAGAGUCAUUCUA